AUGCCGCCGCCCGCACCGCCGGCGACGGUGACCAAACCGAACAAGCCUUACUUCUUCUACGGCCACCGGAAGCCCACCAAAAACUACCCCACAGUUCGCGGCGGCCCGUUCUCCAACCGCCACAUAAUAAGCCCUAAGAAGUUCAGCCGCCCCACCUCCGCCGUGCACGAGCCCUUCGACCUCCAGAAGUGGGACCCGGACGAUGAAUUGAACCAAAGACGAUCGUAUGCGAAAGACCCGUCCGAGAAAUUCUUCUCGCUGGCGACGAAUCUGUCCCCUAUUGCGAGGUAUAUAGUGGACGCUUUCAGAAAACAUAAGCACUGGAGCCCGCAGCUUGUGGAGGAGCUUAAUCGGCUGAGGCGCGUCACCCCGAAGCUGGUGACGGAAGUCUUGAAGUUUCCCAAUGUUGAUCCCAGGCUCUCCUCUAAGUUUUUUCAUUGGGCUGGCAAGCAGAAAGGGUAUAGGCAUGAUUUUGCCUGUUACAAUGCCUUUGCUUACUUUUUGAACCGAGCAAAUCAAUUCCGGGCUGCUGACCAGGUGCCUGAGUUGAUGCAUAUGCAAGGAAAGUUGCCUAGCGAGAAACAAUUCGAAAUCUUGAUUCGGAUGCAUGCUGAUGCAAACAGGGGGCUCAGGAUACACUAUGUGUAUGAGAAAAUGAAGAAGUUUGGCGUGAAGCCAAGAGUCUUCCUAUACAAUAGGAUUAUGGAUGGCUUGGUUAAGACUAAUCACUUAGAUUUGGCAAUGUCGGUUUAUGAUGACUUCAGGGAAGAUGGUUUGGUUGAAGAAAACGUCACCUAUAUGAUUUUGAUUAAGGGAUUAUGUAAAGCAGGACGGAUGGAUCGAGUGUUUGCCCUUCUGGAUCAGAUGAGGGAGAAUCUGUGCAAGCCGGACGUGUUUGCUUACACAGCCAUGAUAAAAGUGUUGGUUUCAGAGGGAAAUUUAGAUGGAUGUUUAAAGGUUUGGGACGAAAUGCGGAAGGAUUUUGUUGAGCCAGAUGUCAUGGCUUAUUCAACUCUUGUUAUGGCGCUUUGUAAAGGCCACCGCGUUGACAAGGGUUAUGAAUUUUUUAAGGAAAUGAAAAUGAAACACUAUUUGAUCGACAGGGCUAUUUAUGGAUCAUUGAUCGAAGCAUAUGUAGUGGAUGGAAGGGUGGGCUCAGCUUGUGGUUUGCUCAAAGAUUUGUUGGACUCGGGAUAUAGAGCUGAUUUGUCAAUAUAUAACUCCCUUAUCAAAGGCUUGUGUACUGCAAAACUCGUGGAAAGGGCUUAUAAGCUCUUCCAAGCGACAAUCCAUGAGGAUCUCAAGCCAGAAUUUGAUACUGCCAUCCCCAUAUUGGUUUGUUAUGCAGAGCUCAAAAGAAUGAAUGAGUUCUGCAAAUUGCUUGAGCAAAUGCAUAAAUUAGGUUUUCCUGUUGCUGAUGAUCUCACCAAAUUCUUUUCCGCCAUGGUACAGAAGAAUAAUGGAGUAGAAAUGGCUUUGGAAGUGUUUGAGUGCUUGAAACGACAAAACUAUAUUACUGUAUCAAUUUACAAUGUACUCAUGGAGGCCCUAUUCAAGAAUGGUGAAGAGAAGGCAGCAUUAUCUCUUUUCAGCGAACUCAGUGGUUCCGAUUUGGUGCCUGACUCAUCGACUUACUGUAAUGCGAUUUUAUGUUAUGUUACAGCUGGAAAUAUUCAAGAAGCAUCCAAUUGUUACAACAAGAUUAUAGAAACAUCUUCGGUUCCUUCAGUUAUUGCUUAUUGCUCUCUUGUUAAAGGCCUGUGUGAAAUAGGAGAGGUUGAUGCUGCCAUGAUGCUCAUACGUGAGUGCUUAGCCAAUGUGGAAAGUGGUCCCAUGGAGUUCAAGUAUACACUGACGAUUAUCCAUGUCUGCAAGUCAAAUGAUGCCUGUAAGGUAGCUGAUGUCAUGAAUGAAAUGGUAGAUCAAGGCUGUCCUCCUAGCAGUAUCACUUGUUGUGCCAUUAUAUAUGGUAUGUGCAAACAUGGGACAAUUGAAGAGGCAAGGAAAGUCUUUUCAGUUAUGAGAGAGUCCAAAUUUCUUACAGAAGCUGAUGUGAUAGUCUAUGAUGAGAUGCUUAUAGACCAUAUGAAAAAGACAACUGCUGAUUUGCUGUUUUCUGGGAUAAAAUUCUUUGGUCUGGAAUCGAGAUUGAAGGCCAAGGGCUGUAUGCUAUUGCCCAGUUGA